UUUGGAAGAGGAAAGGGCAGUGGGAAAGCUCGCUCCAAAGCGAAGUCUCGGUCGUCUCGGGCUGGCCUGCAGUUCCCGGUGGGCCGUGUUCACAGGCUCCUGAGAAAGGGUAACUAUGCUGAGCGUGUGGGUGCCGGAGCGCCGGUCUAUCUGGCUGCGGUGCUGGAGUAUCUGACGGCUGAAAUCCUGGAGCUGGCCGGCAACGCGGCCCGGGACAACAAGAAGACCCGCAUCAUCCCCAGGCACCUGCAGCUGGCCGUGCGCAACGACGAGGAGCUCAACAAGCUGCUGGGAGGGGUGACCAUCGCUCAGGGCGGGGUGCUGCCUAAUAUCCAGGCCGUGCUGCUGCCCAAGAAAACCUCCGCUGCGGGAUCUGCUAAAAAGUGAAGAGACUAUUCUUCAAUCUGACAACCCAAAGGCUCUUUUAAGAGCCACUCACAGCAUCUGUGAAAGGAGCUGAAAUUCCUGUCGGGUUGAAUUACUUUCCUUUUAAUUUGUAGAGCUCUGGCCGUUGUACCUGACAUCGCUAAGUUUCUAUUUCCUUUUUAUUGGAAACUGUUACUGUCUGUGGGAGGAGAGGAAGAUUAUAUCAUGGGGAGAAAGUGAGGUCU